UCUCUCUCUCUCUCUCUCUAACCUUUUGCAGACAACCAUGGGUUGGUACUUGCAAUUGGGGCUGGCACACAGAGACACUCACACCGUUAAAGUUCCAUUCUCUUCAAAUUGUUCCUUUCAAUUUAUAUUCUCUCUCUGUCUCUCUCUCUCUAGUUUUUUGAAGUUGUAAAAAUAUACGGCUUUCAUACGUGUCUUCACUUCAUGGCUUCUCUUUUCCCCCCUUGGAUGCAGGCCCUCAGCUUACCUUACUUGGGCAGUGGAUCAGGAAACAUGCGGCAGCAGCCGCAGUCUGCAGUUCAUGGGGAGAGGAAUUGUGUGUUUCCUGAAGACCCUGGUCAGCUGCUCAAUGACAAUUGCAUGAAGAGGAAAGGAGCUCCCGAGCAGGAUGCUGAUGAAGAGGCAAAGAAGGACCUGAGGAGUAGGGGGUUGUGUUUAGUUCCAGUUUCAUGUACCCUCCAAGUUGGGAGCGACAACGGAGCAGACUAUUGGGCUCCAGCUCUUGGCGGAGGUUUCCAGUAAAUUAAUGAACGCCGUAGCUAGCUAGGUAGCACACUCUAGCUAUAUCUCUAUCAAUCGAAAUCGAGCUUCAUGGAAAUUAAUGAUAUAACAUCAUGAGCAGUCACUCUGCUAAAAUCAAAAGGCUGAUUGCUCAUGAUGCUAUACAAUAGUUAUUUAAAUCUCUGUAUGUACGUAUACGUACGUACGUACGUAUCCCACGUAUGCAUGCAUGUGUGAUUCUCUUUGGGAUUAGGAAGUCCUUAAACUCCCUAAUUUUUAUUAAGUUUAAUUUAUCUAUAAAUCUUCUAUAUUUUGGAUGCUACAACAACGCUAGCUGUUCUUGUAUAUUCUUCGGUAUUAAUGAAUUAGUAUGAGUACCAUUAGUCA